CGAUAGGAUACCUCGAUCACAUUUCAAACGACAUGGUCCGAUCCGUGCCAGAGCCGAACGAACAGCACCGCUCGUCGCCCAUGCAGACCGACUGGGAGCUCCUGUGCCAUGGACAACACGUCGAGAUCUCAAAGCUCAAGAUGCACAUAUCGCAGUUGGAGAAGUUGCUGCAACCCGAUGACGACGACGAAUGUGGCAGGUUAUAUCACGACCAUGCGAGAACACUCAAGGAUCCAAUGCCAACAAGACCCUCAGACCGACGACUGUCCACAUCUUCGUCCAUUCCAUUCGAUGACGAAGACGCCAAGAAAUGGCACGAGCGAGUGGUAAUGGAGCGCGAUAUGAUCGACAGGGCACUGGAUCUUGUUGCGCGGCAAAAGAGUGACCUUCGUUCACGGACGCAAAAGAUGAAGUCGGAGAAGGACGCGUGGAGGCAUGAGCACACGACAGGUCAAAGCUCAGUUGCUCUAAAGGAAAUGAAACGAAUCUUGGACAGCAACAUCGCAUCGUUGAACGAAAACGUCCGCCAACUCCAUACGACCGAACAACGACUGCGCGCUCGUAUGGACAAGGUCAGCCAUAUCGACGUCAUGUUACGCAGCAGGAUGCUAGAUCCAGAUUGCCUCUCGUUGUCAGACGAGGAAUCGUCGGCGAUGGAGUUUGAAGACAUUGAGAGCGUCCUGUCCACGGACGACUCGACCAUCUCGGACGCACUCCAUCAACUGACCGACGACUGGCUCAACGAUGUCGGAACUAGGUUACCUCGCGUCGAUACCUUCCCUGUGGGAAUUCCACCUCUUGGUCGAUCCCUGCCAUCUGUAGACGUGCGACAAGGCGAACGAUUCUGGUCGUAUCGAGCUCCUCUAUUUGCUGCAGCACCGACGUUAACGCCAGGGGGACUUCGGCAGCACCAGUGCGCCUUGAUUUACGAGAAACAGAUUGCCAAGUGGGUCCAUGGUCGACAGCGCAUCCAACGGGCUGCAAUCCAACACGCCAAAUGGCUCACGUCGCUCUGCGACGAGGUGCACAUGUACUCGAAGAUCUACGACACCCGGACGCUCGCCCUCGAUGAACCAAUGCACGCCAUCCAGUUACGCCCCUUGCAUCCCGCUCAAGACGUGUAAUGAACAUGAUCAUGAUGCCCUCGCGCACAGACAACCUCCUCUGCAUAACCUUCCUCGAUUGCGUCCCCAGCAACCACCGUGCCACCGUUGUCACACGUUGAAAGUUGUCGCGUCAGCUUCAUCAUAUUUUAAAUGCAUUUAAAAUAAUCAUCUCCAGUGCAAGAGGU